GACAGGACAGCCAAGCAGCGAUUGUAACCAACGGUGUCACUAUCAAGAUCUUGUGCAACAGUGUUGACCAAAAAAGUGAGAGGACCACGUAUAUCACGCUCUCGCUAUCUGUCGUUUUUUUUUUUUUUUUUUUUUCUUGUCAAGGGAGAGACCUGGCCUGAUCUUGGUUGAAAUGUCGAAAGAGAGGUAAAGGCCACUUCAGCACUCCACCUCGUCCGUCCAACUAGGUACCAAAUCCGUCAAGAUGGGACUUUUUGAGAUGCUACCUGUUUCCAGGCUUGUGCAUAUCCUGGUGAUAUAUGCGGCGUCCUUUGCCAUAACGGAUGUUAUGGAAGAUAGCUUCAUUCAGUCACGCCGCCUUUUACUGAAUCGCUUCAUUUACCGCACUGGCUUAUUCCUCGUCAUCAUAGCAGCCUGCAUCUGGCUUGCAAUAGUGAACACCAAGGUUCCAGAACCAUAUUUGGACGAGGUUUUUCAUAUUCCUCAGGCAGAAAAGUAUUUGCAAGGAAGAUGGGUAGAGUGGGAUGACAAGAUCACUACUCCUCCAGGCCUGUACCUCGUUAGCUAUGUUCUGGUAAAAGCUCGCACAUGGCUGUCUGCUUCUGCCGCUGCAGUGAACCCAAGGUACUCACAAGAUGGAGUCACGGCUGCAAGCUUACUGCGCGAGUCCAACGUCUACGCAGUCAUGGCAAUUGCGGCACUAGUGCUCAGAUGCCGUAGAUUCAUUGAGACCAGACACGCACCAACCAACGCCAAAGGGCCUCACUUCGACUCCAUGUACAGCAUUCACACCACCGUCAACAUAACCCUGUUCCCUGUCAUAUUCUUCUUCUCGGGGCUGUACUACACGGAUCUAUGGUCCACCGCGACAGUUCUCUGGGCGUAUGAGAACCAUCUGAAGCGUCUUACUGAGCAGACGACGUUCUGGAAUGAUAUAAACACAGUCAUUCUGGGCGUAACGGCCCUUUUCAUGAGACAGACAAACGUUUUCUGGGUUGUUGUCUACUUUGGUGGCCUCGAGUCCAUACAUGCUAUCAAGAAGGGGGCUGGAUCUUCAUCAAGCAAGGCUGUCAAAGCCGCAAACAUCAGAGAUCUUGCACACGCUCUAGAGACAUACUGGGCUCUCUACGCGGCCGGUAACAUUCAUGACCCUCCUUUGAGUGCAGCAAGUACCUAUGAUGUCGUCUGGCUUGUACUCAGCGUGGCAAUUGCAGCUGUGCAUAAUCUCCCCAGAGUUCUGCGUCAGGUCUGGCCUCAUAUUUCCAUCCUGGGAUUGUUUGCCGGAUUUGUAGCCUGGAACGGUGGCGUUGUUCUCGGUGACAAGUCUAACCACGUUGCGACCCUGCACUUGGCCCAAAUGCUUUAUAUCUGGCCCUUGAUCGCAUUCUUCUCAGCCCCACUGAUGCUGAGAUGUUUAGUCUCAACCGCCCUUUACUUGCGGAAGCUGCUUCAAGGUCACAGUGCUCAACCCCAAAAGGAACGCAGCACAAAAUCCUCACAGAAGGACUGGACUUUGACCUGCAUUGGUUUUAUCCAACAGCACACAAGCAGCGGGCUCCCAUUCCCGCUCUGGUAUGUUUCGGCUGCAGUGGCAACGGUCAUCGUCCAUAAGAGCACCAUCAUCCACCCAUUCACACUAGCGGACAACCGCCAUUACAUGUUCUACGUAUUCCGCUAUUCCAUCCUCCGGAGGCCCGAGGUCAGAUACCUGCUUGUUCCUUUCUAUGUGGUCUGUCAUCGCCUUUGCUGGCACUUGCUUGGCGGUAGCUCAACGCAAGAUGGCCAGCGGAUCAGCUUUAUACAGGCACCGGGCGUCGAAACUGUAUCGUCGGCACCACCAAAAGAUACCAUCAAGUUAAAAGAGGAGGGAAGGCCCGAGGACGGCGGUGAAUCGCUCUCCACGGGAGUGCUGUGGCUCUCGGCCACGGCGCUAUCCCUCAUUACCGCCCCGCUUGUCGAGCCGCGCUACUUUAUCGUGCCGUGGGUCAUGUGGCGGAUCAUGGUACCGGCUUGGAGGGUACAAGAGCCGCGGUCCGGAGAAAAGGGACUCCUGACUAGGCUGCGCUCGUGGACCCAAGGGCUAGACCUGCGUCUCGUGUUGGAGACAUUGUGGUUCGUAGCAAUCAACCUCGGAACCAUGUACAUGUUCAUAUGUAGGCCCUACCACUGGAAGGACGUGGAUGGGAAACUGAUGGACGAAGGUCGGCUGCAGAGGUUCAUGUGGUAGCCAUAGAAUCAGCCUCGAUGACUCUCUAGGCCAGUUCCUAUGCGGUUUUCAUAGCCUAUGUGCCAUUGUGCACAAGCCUUUCCAAUAUAUCCUAAUACUUUGUUGUAGUGCACAUCUCGACACCCAAAAAAAGAAACCAACCCGAGCUCGUCCAGUACAUAAUAAACCCUAAAAGGGGAGGAAAUACCAUUCCAGUCCGCAACGCCAUUUCUUCGCCA